AUGGCUUUCCUGGAGGAUUGGAACCACACUAAAGUGACAGAGUUCAUUUUAUUGGGUUUAACUGAUGACCCAGUCCUUAGAGUCAUUCUCUUCACCAUCAUUCUGUCCAUCUACCUGGUGACUCUGUCUGGGAACUUCAGCACCAUCCUUCUCAUCAGAGUCUCUUCCCAGCUCCAUCACCCCAUGUACUUUUUCCUUAGCCACUUGGCAUCAGUUGACAUGGGAUAUUCAUCUUCUGUCACACCCAAUAUGCUUUUCAACUUCCUGGCAGAGAAAAACACCAUAUCCUACACUGGAUGUUCAAUACAAUUUGGAUCAGCUGCUUUCUUUGGGACAGUUGAAUGUUUCCUUCUGGCCACCAUGGCUUAUGAUCGUUUUGUAGCCAUAUGCAACCCACUGCUUUAUUCCAUCAAAAUGUCCACACAAACCUGUAUCCAGUUGGUUUUAGGAUCUUAUAUAGGAGGGUUUCUUAAUGCUUCCUCCAUGGUUUCUUUUUUUUCUUUUCUCUUUUGUGGACCAAAUAGAAUCAAUCACUUUUACUGUGAUUUUGCUCCUUUGGUGGAACUAUCCUGUUCUGAUAUUAGUGUCUCUGUAGUUGUUACUUCAAUUUUUUCUGCCUCAGUUAUUAUCAUCACAGUGUUUGUCAUAGCCAUUUCCUACACCUAUAUCCUCAUCACCAUCUUGAAGAUGAGCUCCACUGAAGGCCACCACAAGGCCUUCUCCACCUGCACCUCCCACCUCACUGCAGUCACUCUGUUCUAUGGAACUGUUACAUUUAUUUAUGUGAUGCCAAAGUCUAGUUACUCCACUGACCAGAAUAAGGUAGUGUCUGUGUUCUACAUGGUGGUUAUCCCCAUGUUGAACCCCAUCAUCUACAGCCUCAGGAAUAAUGAGAUUAAGGGUGCUCUAAAGAGACAGCUUAGUAAGAAAACAUUUUCUUAA